AUGUAUAGCCGCGGCUCACGGAGACGAUCGGGGUUUGCGACCCCUCGCGAUGAUGCCAGCGAUUCGGAUUCAUCUGAUUCCCUACGGGGCAGAUACGGUAUCCCUCGGGAUUUCACUUCCAAGAAGGGCACACGAUCUUAUAGAUCGGAAUGGAGCCGCGCCAAGGACCGGUUGUCAUCCUUGUUUAGCCCUGAUCCAUCCAGCAGCUAUUCGACCACGAAAUAUGUACGCAGGGCAAGGGAGCCAAGGGAAUCCGUGUCUCGGGCCUUCGUGGUAGAUCCUCCGAAAGCACGGGUGCGUCGGUACAAGAUUCGCCCCAGUUCAGGAGAGACCGAGUUCGUUGAACGCCAUCAUGAGCGGAGUCGGUCUUGGUCCCGGUCUCGAUCUCGAGACCGUGGGCCGACUCGAGUGAGCACGGAUAUCUACUCAUCAAGACGCUCCCGCUCUCGAGAAUCCCUGGGGCGAGUCCCACUGACUGUCAGAGUCUCAGAGUCUUCCUCACCGGCCACUCGAUCCCCACGACCAUGGUCACCCAUCCAUGAGCCUGUUCCAGCUCGAGCGGGUCAAUAUACCUCCCGUCGCCCGAGCGUGAUUAUCCGUGAACCUGCAUCUCCAUAUCCCUCGGACGAUGUCAACUCCUUUAUCCGAUCCAGACCGGCCAGUUAUUAUUCAAAGUCUCGGUCCAUCUCCCGGGAUACCUAUCUGGAGCCCGACGGUGAGCGAGGGCGACCGCUCUCUCGAUACCGAUCAGUGGAGGUUCGCAGUCCUCGGGAUGUCAAAUACUACACCUCCGACCCUGAAUGGAGCAGGCGAAGCUCAUUCUCCUCACGGGAUACCACCAGGCCGACCGUGAUUAGUCGAAGCCCCCGACGGAGGCUCUCCGACUCCUUUUCUCGGUCCCGCAGCAGCAUUGAUAUUGAGGAACGGUGGCCUCGAAGUGUGCUAAAGGGACAGAACGGAUGGAACAAUGAUUCCUAUCGUGUCAUCAGUGGGACUAAAUAUCGGAAGCCCACCGUCCGCUUUGAUGACUCUCAAUUUUAA